UCAAUUAUAGGCGGGGCUUGUAGUGAAAAUGUCUGGAACCCAAUCUACUGAGUCCAGUUCUCAACAAGGUCCAUUCAACACACCCUUUAGCUUUGGAGGCCAAACUGCUCAGACUGGAGCCCAGACUACCUUUGGUGGAAGUGGUGGUGGUUUCUUUGGUAGUACUGCACAACAACAGCCACAACAACAACAACAAGGCUUUGGUUUACAACAACAACAACAAGGCUUUGGUUUACAACAACAACAACAACAAGGCUUAGGUUUACAACAACAACAAGGAGGUGGUGGUCUCUUUCAACAACAACAACUGCCACAACAAUAUUUUGGGCAGCAGCAGCCACAGCAAGGAGCCAAUAAUCAAGCAAACGGGCCCAAAGAAGCAAAAGGUGUUACAUCAGACAUCUUGGAAUGGGUUGCAGGUAGCAAUGGCAGCAUACCAGAAGAUGCUGUUGAAGGAGGAUGGUGUAGCUCAACUCAAGAGCAUUAUUACAUAGCAAGAGCUAAGGAUGCUAGCACAGGUGGUGUCUAUCCUGGCUAUGUCCUGCCUAGCAAGAAAUUAUUCUACUUCGUGUCCAAGAUGAUUGAUCAAAGGAGGAGGGGAAACUUCUACUUAGGAGGUGGAAAUCAAAUGCAAGUUGGUACGAAUCCAAACUACAAGGUUCUUGUGAAUCCAAAUAAAGCUGAGACUCUCUCGUGGGUCUACUUGCAUUUCAAUCAAGGGUUUGGUUUAUCUUCUAUUAUAAGGAACAUUGUCCCAGUUAAUGCAUUGGAGGCUGGCUAUGCCAACAAUGGCUCUUCUCUAUUCAUUGGUCGUACGUGUAGUCACGCUACUGGUGACAUUGUUCCUGGAGCAGUACAUUCUAAUGCAUUAGUGUACACUGAAAAUGAAGGUGUAGCUUCUCCUUCUAUUAAUUUUUUCGAAAUUCUCUGUGUCACGAAAAAAGAUGAAACAGCAAAAGCAAAAGAUGUCUUCCUGUAUGAUAUAAAGUACAAAAUGGAGAACGCUUUUAUAAAAUGGUCUCAGGUUCCGCUUGAGAAGGCUGCCCUUGUCAAUAAGAGUUCCGUAAAGCAGAAGAUGUCCUCUAGCCACCAGCCAGGGAUUCCCACUACAUUUAAAUGGACGGUCAAUGGAUCUGACAUAAUUGGAAACACAGAGGUGCAGAUAAAGGGACCUGUUCCCACAGUUUUUGGAGGCAAUAAAAGCCAUCGUCUCCACCUGCUUGAUGGGCAGAGGUUUCUGAACCUACUUCCGACUGGACGAGGAGGUAUUGAUAAUGCAGUUUUUGGCGGCGUCGUAAACCCAGGUCAAUAUUCGUCUCCAAAUUUAUCUGGCAUGUUUGUACCAACUCUUAUCACAAUGCCACUUGCUAAUUGUCUCCAAAUUGAGAACACAGCAGGUCAAGAAUCAUGUACUCUUGCUGUCCCACCAUCUUGCAGAGUGAUCCUUCAAAUCCAAGGAAUACAAGCAGAGCUAUGCGUACCUUUUGAAGGAAAACUGAAGAUAAUUUAUACCAAUAACCAUGUUGAGGAUAUCGAUAUUGAGGGAACGUAUGAUCAUACAAGUAUCAAGGGUACAGCAAUGGCAGUGAUGGAUGAGAAACCAGUAGUGAACACUUAAUCUGAGAUUUGACAUAAUGUGAUUUUUUUAGAAAUAUAUUUUAAUUUUUUGACAAUAGACAUAAUUUUUUUAUAUUAUUAUUACCAUUACUACUGGGUGGUUGUCGUAGUGUGCUUGAUUUUGCUAAGUAAUUGUCACAUCUCUAA